GACCUGUCAGAGUUCAAACAAAGAAUUAGAGAAACGAGGACCGUCAUCCGAAACCAUGGACAAGACUAAAACUAAAUUAAAGCUUUUUUUGCCGCUCUUAACGUGAUUUCAUUUGUCUAAAUCCAUCAUAAUCUACUGCGCAACUAGGAGUCAUGGAGCGCGCGGAGCCGAACGAGCCGAAACCGCCAUCUAAAUCAAAUCAGGAACCCAUACGAUUCGGGAUCGACCAGAUUCUGGGUUCUUUGGACCCAGAGAGCAGGGUCGGAAACACUGUGGAUAACAGCCGCUUGGGAAGCCCAUCCAGGGCGAGCGUCGCGCCUCAUGUCUCCUUACCCGUCUCUCUGUUCGGAGUCACGGGCGCGUUGGAGGACUCCGGGCGGGUGUACGGGUUGAGCGGCACUCUGGUGCCCAGUGGAGUGAUUCGGGUUCCGGCGCACAGACCUCUAGCUGCCGCGGUGCCGCCGGCCAUGGUGAGCGCCGCACCGGCGCUGUGUUUCUCCUGGAUGGACAAUAACCGCAGGUUCCCUAAAGACAGACUGCCAGCUCUCAUUCCGUUCACCGUGACCCGGCGGAUCGGUCACCCGUAUCAGAACCGAACUCCCCCGAAACGGAAAAAGCCCCGCACGUCGUUCUCGCGCGUGCAGAUCUGCGAGCUGGAGAAACGCUUCCACCGGCAGAAGUAUCUGGCCAGUGCGGAGCGCGCGGGCCUCGCCAAGAGCCUGAAGAUGACGGACGCGCAGGUCAAGACCUGGUUCCAGAACCGACGGACCAAAUGGAGAAGGCAAACAGCUGAGGAAAGAGAGGCAGGACGUCAGCAAGCCAAUCGGAUGCUGCUUCAGCUUCAGGCCGACGCCCUCCAGAAGUCCAUGAGCGAAUCAGUGUCGUCGGAUCCUCUAUGUGUGCAUAACUCCUCCCUCUACGCCCUCCAGAACCUCCAGCCUUGGGCCCAGGAGAGACUGGAUAAAUUGGCCCCAACAACCAACGCACUGGCUUAAAAUCACCGCCAUGUUGCUGGAAGCAGGACAGU